CCUCACCAGCGUCUUACGACCGAGUAUACGCGAAGGACUUGGAGGAACUUGGAGCCCUUGACCGGGCGCACACUACGGCAGCUAAUGUAGCGCGUCUGAGUGUCGCCACAGCAACUCAGCAGCACCCAAAAUGCCCGAUGUCAGUGACUGUAAUGAUGAUGCGAAAGGGGAUCAUCCAGCUGCUGAAGGGCCGAUGAGAAGCUUGUUCUUUCCCGAACACAUUUAUGGAGAAGAGGGGUACUUAAACCUUCUUCGUUGCAUACUGUCUGAGGGCGUUGAGCAUCCCGACAGGACCGGAACUGGAACGUUCUCUGUCUUCGGGCCCCAACUUCGUUUUAGUCUUCGAAAUGAGACAUUUCCCUUGUUAACAACGAAACAGGUGUUCUUCAGAGGUAUCGUGGAAGAAUUGCUUUGGUUUAUCAGGGGCUCCACCGACUCCCGUGAAUUGUCAAAGAGGAAGGUACAUUUUUGGGACGCCAAUGGCUCUAGACAAUUCCUUGAUAGUCUGGGGUUCACGAAUCGAGAAGAGGGUGAUCUUGGUCCGGUUUACGGCUUCCAGUGGCGUCACAGCGGGGCGGAUUAUGUGAACUCGUCGACUGACUAUACUGGACAAGGUGUUGAUCAACUAUCCGAAGUCAUCCGGCUUAUCCGUGAGCGGCCUUGGGAUCGUCGUAUGCUCGUUGUCUCCUGGAAUGUGCGGGAUUUGAAACAAAUGGCACUGCCUCCUUGUCAUUGUUUGUUCCAGUUUUUCGUGGCCAAUAACGAACUUUCGUGCCAAUUAUACCAGCGGUCUGCCGAUAUGGGCCUUGGUGUGCCGUUCAACAUCGCUAGUUACGCUCUGCUUACAUUCAUGAUUGCGCAUCUGACGGGCCUCAAACCCGGUGAAUUUGUGCACACCAUGGGUGACGCUCACAUAUACACCAAUCAUCGCGAGGCCUUGAGCGAACAGAUCAAGCGGUUACCUAGACCAUUUCCGAAGUUGAAAAUUACACGACAGGUGUCAGAUAUAAAUGAUUUCAAGUUUGAAGAUUUUCAACUGAUUGAUUAUCACCCCCAUCCGAAGUUACCAAUGCAAAUGGCCGUUUAAAAAUAUGUGUGUGUGCUGACAUUUGUAUUUUACCAGAUACGACGGUCGGGUACAUACUUUCGCUUUCUAUCUUCGUUUUGUACUUUCCUAUUCCAUAAGACUGCGGCCCACCGCUGUACACUUCUAACAUUUCCGAGAAUACAUAUUUUUCAUACUCUGUAUUCUCAUUAUCGACGCCAGGGAGGCACUUUCCCACCAUUUUAUCGCAUCCAGUUAUUUGCUCAGCGACUCCGGUUCUUACGACCGAACGCACGCCGAAUGUGUCCAGUGGUACUUGUUUCCUGCAUGUUUGCACCCGCGUCUCCUAGUCUCUAGAAGACCGUGCCCUGCUGGUUAGAUAUUCGUGCUGUUCUCCUUUGUGGUAGAUCAGUUCGGCUUCCAUUUUUAGUUGCAUAUCCUCUUCCUCCUGCACACUGGGUAGUCUACGUCAUUGUUUUAAAAAAUUGGGAAAACCGCUGUAUUACUAUGAUUUUACAAGCAGUGUAGCAUCCAGUGAUCUCACUUUCGUCACUUCUUUCCGAGGUCUUACCUAUCUUCAUUUCCUAUCUUCAUUUCAAUUUUCGAACUUUGAUAGCCUGGUACAAUUGGCCGCGCUGUAUGACCAUUUUUAAAACCGCCGACUCUGUUUGUUCGGGUGGAGACUUCGACCCCUGGCUUGGUAGGACAACACUUUGUCUUGUAAUUUUCCUAACUAUGAUAGCUAUCGAGACUAAAUCCAAGUAACUUUGGUGUUCAUUGGCCUUGCAUCCGUUAGCUUGAUAUGUUCAAUGUUCCG